AAAACAACAAGGAAUUAUAGGAAUUAUAAUCGAUGUAUUCAUAAUACAAUAAGCAAAUAUGAAUUAUUAUGGACACCUUUAAAAUCAAACAUUGAGUCAUCUAAUGAAGAGUUCAAGUCAAAUUCAAUUCAAAUGCAAAAAUUAGUGAAUGAUCUACGUCAAAUUAUCGAAAAAAUUGAAAAUGGUGGUGAUGAAAUCGCAAAGAAACGCCAUAAGGAGAAAGGGAAAAUGCUCGCCAGAGAGCGUGUUAAUGCGCUGAUGGAUGCUGGGUCAGCAUUUGUUGAACUUUCACAGUUAGCAGGUUAUAAGAUGUAUGGAGAAGAAGAUGUACCUGCUGGUGGUAUUAUUACUGGUAUUGCUAGUGUUUCUAAUCAAGAAUGUAUGAUAAUCGCUAAUGAUGCGACUGUUAAAGGUGGUACAUACUACCCAAUCACUGUUAAAAAACAUCUUCGAGCACAAGAAAUUGCUCUACAAAAUCGUCUUCCUUGUAUAUAUCUCGUUGAUUCCGGUGGCGCUAAUCUACCUAGACAAGCGGAUAUAUUCGCGGAUCGAGAUCAUUUCGGACGAAUUUUUUUUAAUCAAGCAACUAUGUCUUCGUUGAAAAUCCCACAGAUCGCCGUUGUAAUGGGAUCAUGUACAGCUGGUGGUGCAUAUGUGCCUGCUAUGGCAGAUCAGGCAGUGAUCGUAAAGAAUAGCGGUACAGUUUUUUUAGGUGGUCCUCCACUCGUUAAAGCAGCGACAGGUGAAGAAAUUAGUGCUGAAGAACUGGGUGGCGCUGAUCUUCAUUGUAUGGAAUCUGGAGUAACUGAUUAUUAUGCGAUUUCCGAUAGUCAUGCAAUUAAUCAGACUCGAGCUAUAAUUGCUGGAUUAACUCCAAAUAAUUCAUCGAAAAUUUUCAACAACUAUAGUCCAUUUGAAGAACCUUUAUAUCCAAUUGAAGAGCUGUAUGGUAUUGUUGGAGCAAAUUUGAAAAAAGCGUUUGAAAUACGUGAAGUGAUUGCUCGUAUUGUUGAUGGUUCGCGUUUCGAUGAAUUCAAGAAGCGAUAUGGUGAAACUUUGGUAACUGGCUUCUCAACAGUUUAUGGAAGAACAGUUGGUAUUAUCGGCAACAAUGGAGUUCUUUUCUCUGAAUCCGCCUUAAAAGGGGCUCAUUUUAUUGAAUUAUGUUGUCAACGACAAAUUCCUCUAUUAUUUUUGCAAAAUAUCACUGGUUUUAUGGUUGGAAGGGAUGCUGAAGCUGGUGGAAUUGCAAAACAUGGUGCAAAACUCGUAAAUGCUGUUGCUUGUGCUGAUGUACCCAAAAUAACCAUUAUUAUUGGUGGCUCUUAUGGUGCUGGUAAUUAUGGAAUGUGUGGACGAGCAUAUAACCCGCAAUUUUUAUUUAUGUGGCCAAAUUCAAGAAUUUCUGUGAUGGGUGGUGAACAAGCUGCGAACGUACUUGCUCAAGUACAACGCGAUCGACGUAUUCGUGAUAAAAAAUCGUGGACUGAUGAUGAAGAAAGGAAAUUGAAAGCUUCUGUUGAAGAACGUUUUGAACAAGAAGGUCAUCCUUAUUUCGCCUCUUCUCAUUUAUGGGAUGAUGGUAUCAUAGAUCCUAAAGAUACGCGUCGUUUAUUAGGUCUUUUGCUACAAGUAACAUCGAAUAAGAUAGUUCGAGAUACGAAAUUUGCAUUCAGGAAUUAUGAUUCGGAGAUUUAUGCUUUUUUGCAUCGUAUAAAAGCACCAAAAACUCCACCUGAAGUUGUUGUACGAGCAUUGACGGACGAAUCAUUUUCAAAACGUGCAGAUGUGCAAGACGAUUCAUCUGGUGCUGUGCCAAUGAAAGCUGAAAAUGUUGGUGAUAUCGAACAUAACGGUAAACUUAUCGCGCAAGGCCGAAAAUUCAUCGAUGACUUUGUAAAAGCAUUUAUUCGUUAUAUUCUUCCUGGAGCACCGGAAGAAUUAAUUUUAGCAAUAUCAGAAGAACUCACCAAAGAAAGUCGUAUAGCUUCAGUUGCCUCACAUUUGGGAUUCAAUUAUCUCGUGCGUACAGCUGAAUUUCCACCUUCUCAGCAGACCAUUUCGGCUGCAUUCGCUUCAUUGAUAGCAUCGCUGCAUCCAGUCAGAGCUGAAACGCUUAUUUUUGAAACAAUAUUACCUUGGCUUUUGGAAGUUGAUUUUGCUGAUGCUUAUCCUCUCGCUCAACCUUUUUCUGUAUUGAGUGAUAUUCUUAAAAAGAAGGGUGUUUCUGAAAUCGAGCCGCGAAUUCUUCGAUCAGCUGGGGAAAUAUCUGCAGAACCCAUAUUUAUUGUUGGAAUAUAUGCUGAUAAGAAGAUCAUUGCACAAAGUCCUGGUGAGACAUUGCCAAUCGCUGUUGAUAUGGCUGCUCGAAAUUCUCUACUUCAUUUGUGGGGCAUAACAUCCGAUCUGUUGUUACCAUUCGGCUCACGAACAGAUUUUGCAUUUAGUCAACAUACAACAUCCAAUUAUUAUUUAAAGGAUAUAUGCGACAAAGAGUAUUGUUUUGAUAUUUAA